GCAGCUGAUCAAACAGCCUAAGAAAGUCAAAACAAUCAGACCCAGUUGCACAACUGCUGAGCUCCAUUUUUGUGGCCCCACAAGCAAACGGAAACAGGAUGCUGGUCUGUUUCCGUUUCAGCUCAGGAGUUGUGUGUGGAGCAGCUUUCCAGUCAUCUGCCAGCUUCAGGUUUAGCCUUCAGAAAGCAACAACUACUGUAUGACUGGAUUAAAACCAUGGAUAGGGACAACAUCCAGGCUGAGAUAAGUUUGUUGUCUGACAUGGAGGUGGAGAAUGAGAGAAAUGCUGGGGGAGUUCACCAACAUCACAACUCCGAUUACAAUCUCAGUGUUGUUAAAAAAUGUGGACACACAGCUAAGAGCUUCUGCUUCAUGGUAGCCACUACCCUUGUCUUCUUCAUCACUGGGUUAUUGGUUGGCUACACGGCUCAUCGGAGAAAAGAGACUUCUCCUGUCUGCUCUGCUUCUGUUCUUCCCUUUGAACGAGCCGUUGCCCCUGAGACCGGUGCUGCUCCUCUGAUGGACUGGGACAAAGUCAAAAGUCUCCUCAACCAAAGACUCACAGCUGCCAAAAUAGAAACGGCCUUCAGUGAGUUUUCUAAACCGAGCCACCGAGCUGGUUCUCCUGAAGAUGACUAUCUAGGGAACAAGGUGCUCCAGAGGUUUAAAGACUACGGCAUGAACACCUGGAAUGAUGAGCACUUUGUUAAGGUUCAGGACCCUCCAGCAUCUGGCUCUAAUAGAAUCAUCUACAAGAACGAUCCAGAGGAGCGUCCGAAGGGCUUCUUGUCUUACAGCGGCAACGGAUCGGUGAAGGGUGCAGCGCUGUACGCUUGUUAUGGACAGGAGAGUGACUUUAGGUUACUGAGGGACAAGAACAUCAACAUGAACGGCAGAGUCAUGCUGGUCAGAGCUGGAAAGAUCAGCUUUGCUGAGAAGGUGGCCAAUGCUGCUAAAGUGAACGCCUCGGCCGUGUUGAUCUACCCCGACCCCGCUGAUUACUCUAUUGGAGAGACCACGGACCUCUAUGGACAUGUCCACCUGGGUUCUGGUGAUCCCUACACCCCAGGCUUUCCCUCCAUCAAUCACACCCAGUUCCCUCCUGUGGAGCCUUCAGGACUGCCAAACAUCCCAGCUCAGACCAUCACCAGCGCUAUGGCAACCAAAAUUCUGUGGAAGCUUGGUGGUCAGAGUCUUCCUGAAGGAUGGGAAGGUUUCCACAAAUUGGGAAAUGAGAAUGACACGAUCAGUGUGGAGGUCAACAACUUUCUAACUGAGAAGAAGAUCAACAACGUGUUUGGGGUCGUCAAAGGUUUAGUGGAUGCAGACCGAUACGUGGUUAUCGGUGCCCAGAGGGACGCGUGGGGUCCAGGCUUCGCUGCAUCAACCGUUGGUACCAGCGUCCUGGUGGAACUGGCGCGUUCGGUCUCAGACAUGGUGGAGCAUGAUGGGUUUAAGCCAAGGAGGAGCAUCGUGUUUGCCAGCUGGAGUGCAGGAGAAUACGGAAGUGUUGGCGCCACCGAGUGGUUGGAGGGAUAUUUAUCUUCUCUGGGUAUGAAAGCUUUCUCCUACAUCAACCUGGACGGCAUUGUGACAGGUCGGAAUGGAUUUAAAGUAGCAGCCAGUCCUUUGAUGCACACACUGAUUGAAAAAGCCUUGAAUGAGGUUUACUACGAGGAUAAGUCUCUUUCUUCUCAAUUUGCAAAAAGCGACUGGGAGUCAAAUAUUUUGGAGCCAAUGCAGAUGGAUAACACUGCCUAUCCUUUCCUUGCCUUUUCUGGAAUUCCCUCAAUGUCGUUCCGAUUCACCUCAGGCAGAUCGAGCUAUCAAUACUUGGGGACGUUGUUGGACACCCAAGAGAAACUGAACGCUGCUACGUCCAGUCAGGUUCCUCAGCUGGCUGCAGCCGCCGGUCGGUUUGCAGGUUCUAUAGCGCUGAGGCUGGUCCAUGACCAUCUGCUGCAGAUGAACCUGAGGAAGUACGACAAGGUCAUCCGCUUUAAUGUGGCGAAGAUCAAUGCAAAGAUAAAGGCUGUUCAAAAGCUGUUGCCAAAUGCCCUGACCCUACAGUGGCUGGUGUUAGCAGCAGCCUCCUUCAGUCGUGCCUCUCGUAUCCUGGAAACAAACAUCCAGAACAGUAACCUGGAUGACAUCAAGAUGUGUCGUAUCAUCAAUGACCAGAUCAUGAUGGUGGAACGAAACUUCCUGUCUCCCUACGUUUCUGUAAGGGAGAUUCCGUUCCGUCACAUCCUGCUGGGUGUAGGCUCACACACCCUCAAAGCUCUCCCAAACCACCUUGAUGCUCUGAAGGCCGAUAACUCCAAGGCCACAGCCGACCUGUUCUGGAGCCAGUUGGCCCUGGCGACUUUAACCAUCCAGAGCAGUGCUAAUUCACUAGCAGGGGACAUCUGGUCUCUGGAUAAUGAAAUCUAAAAGUGUGUCUUUCCCUCCUUGUGAUUACUUUAUUCUAAAGGCUUUUACCAUUGUGAUACAACUCUGACAAUAAAUAUGAUGGUCCGGCAUGGCUGCUGGGAUACCUCGCUCGCUGGGACCUGACCUGCCUGUUGCUCUUUCCCGCACUGAAUCACGAUAAGUGCAAUUACAAAGAUCAAUAUACUAUUUUGGAAGUAUUCCCUACCCGUGGAUAUAUGUUUUGCUCCUGCUUCAAAUUAUUACCUCCAUGUGGAUACCUUAAUAAUCUGCUGACUUGUGUGCUUCCAAAGGGAUUAUGCAAGACUGUUGAAACCAUAGACUGUUCUUCGGAGUGGGGUUCGUACCUCACCACUGUUGGCCUCUUCCUGGGGAACUGCACCUUCCCCUGUCGUCGGAGUCCCUUUAGGACGCCAGGUGGUCUCUGUACGGACCACUGAAAAGGAGGGAUAUGUAACAGAAUGAAAUGACUGUUUCCACCAAAAGUCAUUUUCCCCCUGUCCUCUGACACAGAACUAGUCUGCAUGAGAUAUGGCCUCAAGGUCUCAUGCAUUUGCUAUAAACUGCUUUCUUUCCAGCUCAAGAGAAGAAUGAAGAAUGGACUCUCUCCUUUUAAUAAAUCAAAGAACUCUAUUUUUAAUAAAGCUAAUCAAACAAAGUGUUAGUCAAUAAUACGAUGUGACCAAUCUGUGAAAUCAAAAUAUUGAUUACUUUAUUAUAAUCCUAUAGAAUAUAUUAAGUAAUAGGACUUUAAAUGUUUCCACUAGGACUGAUCUCACGUAGCGUUAAGACAUGACACAUUGCUUUUACUGAUCCAAUCAGAAUCUGCCAGAUCUGACGGAGGCGUGGUUUUGGUGGUGUUUGGUAAGUCUGUCAUCUUUUCAUUCGACCAUAAGCCAAAACAUCCAAAGUAUAAAACUAUGCCCAUGUCAUCUUUAACGCCAGUUCAAAGCGUUCUAGAGAAGUGUCGGAGUGACCAAUCCGUAACUUUCGUCUUCAGCCGAAAGAACCAACGACAAUCUGGAUAAAAUCUGUUGCUGUUCCAACUGCUGCAACGGUUCCUUUCAGAAUAAAAGCUGAACCAUCACGACCCAGUUUGGGUCUCGCUAGAUGCCAACAAAACUGUCGUGACCCGGGAGUAUCUCAAGACUGGUUGUCAGCUGCCGCGGCUGUUUCUACAGGCUUCGGCUCCACAAAGGUCAAGCUGGACCUUUACACCACCUGAUCUAGACGGGGACUCCCGCUCAGGGUAUGUAGACCGACAAAUGGCGUCGAAUGUGUUUAUGAAUCUCCUAACUAAAGCUUAGUGCGAAGACAUCACCUUCAUUUCCCAUCAGAACUAAUCGCUUCUUCGUAUUUGCUGGUUCUGAACAACAUUCCACACUACACCAUUCUCCGUCUCAUUCACCUUAGUUACACCAUACAUUUAGUUAAAGUUAGUCUAGUUUAAGUUGUUUAGUAAUAAAUCUUUAAACCUUUAAA